UUAUAAUCCCACCCCACUCCCCGCCCUUCUUCUCACUACUUUCUCCAUCCUUUCUUCUCUUUUUCAUUCCCUUCAACUCAACCUUUCACUACAGAAAGUGAAUCUCAAAUGGCCUCCCCAGAUGAAAACUCUGCUCUUGACCUCAUCAGGCACCACCUUCUGAACGACUCUAUGUUUCUUGAACAUUACCCAGAAUUCCGAUUUCAAUCGGAGCCGCAGGUCGUCUCCAGCCCCACUAAUAAGAGGUUCUGUGAGAGGAAACCCAGUUUGAAUAUCGAGAUUCCCAGAUCUCCGGCGAAGAAAUUGGUGGAGGGGAAGGUAAAGCAAGCGGCGGAGGUUCAAGAAUCCGGCGAAAUCAAGAAGCACUUCAGGGGCGUGAGGAUGCGUCCCUGGGGGAAGUUCGCGGCGGAGAUCCGCGACCCGAACCGGAAAGGGACCCGGAUUUGGCUUGGAACCUUCGACACCGCCGUAGGCGCCGCGAUGGCUUAUGACCGGGCGGCCUUCAACCUGAGGGGCAGCAAAGCUAUACUUAACUUCCCUCUUGAAGUUGAGAAUUUUCGGCCGGGGAAGAACUCCCAGCCGCUGGCGUUGGACUCUGGCCGGAAAAGGGAGAGAGAAUCUCACGCCGGGGAGGAUAUAUCGGUGUUUAAGGAGGUAAAAAGAGAAGUGGUGGAAGAAUCAGCUAAUAAGACGGCCGAGGGAGGUCAAGCCCCCGCCGCAGCCGCAGCAGCGGCGGGUCCAUUAACGCCGUCAAGUUGGAUGGCGGUGUGGGAUUGUGGAGAACCGAAGGGUAUAUUUGAGAUUCCGCAAUUGUCGCCUAUGCCAUUGUCACCAAGUUUAUAUAAUUUUUAUAGUGGAAUAAUUAAAGUUUAAGCAAGAUAGUUUGAAAAAGCCUUUGGGAAGAACAAUCUCUCUAUGAACAAAAAAUGAAGAAUUUAGACAGUUGGAGAUGGUUCUGCAAAACCUCUUCAAUCUUUUAUUUUAGCAUGAAUUAUUAAAUAAUGUAAAUAUAUGUAAUACUCCGUAUACACUUAUACAUAUACACAUCACACACGAGAUAUACGGAGUAUGAAUUUGUUGCAUUUUGUACUGGUAUGUGUUUCAAGAUUAUCAUAAUCAUCAUCUACUGAAUCUACCAUCCUUUGUCUUGUACUCUUGUACCAUUAGUAUCGAUGAGUAGUGUAUCCCGGAUAGAUUAUCUGAGAGGUUAUUUCGGGGAAUAACAUAGAGAGAAGCCAAAAUAAUAAGUAAGAG